AUGUGUGAUUCAGACAGGUCAUCUCAAGAUUUACCUCAUCUCAAACCAGCUGUCUCGACUGUUCUCAGAGCAUACGGUCUCGGUUGGAUAUUAACGACAGCACCUGGUCUUAUCGCCGUAUUGGUCAAAGCGAUUACGGCCAAAAAACAGAGAUCGAGCGCGAUUCAAAAAGCGAUCCUAUUGACAGUACCGAAGCUGCUUAAACGUAGCAUCGUCAACAAUGGGCUUCCUUUACUCUUGGCAGCUUCUGUGGGCGGACAACGAUUCUUGCGUUAUGCUUGUCAGAAAUAUGCACAUAAGCAAUUAUCACUCAAGGGUGCCAUCUUUUGGUCAUCCUUUCUUAGCAUUCUGUCCGUUCGGAAACUCUAUCCAAACAUAAAAACGCUGGAAGUCACUUUCUUUGUGCUUGUACGAGCAUUUGACGUUUUCGCACACCGAUUGUAUGGAUCAGUCAAGGUGAGACAAAGAGUACCUGAGUGGACGUUGGAGUAUGGCAAUAUCUUUAUCUUUAUGCUCGCAAGUACAGAAAUUAUCUUUUCAUGGUUCUAUGAACCUCAAAGACUGCCCAAAUCAUAUGCUCAAUGGAUUACGAAUAUGUCAGGGAUUGACGAUAGCCUCCUGAAGGCGUUACGAGCCAUCAGAGAAGGGAGAUUUGUCUAUGGUAAAGAUACAGGUGCAGGCGACAUAUUAGGAAACAUGUGUGAAAAGCUUGGCCUACCUCGUUCCUAUGGCGACCCAAUGACAGGAAGAAUCAACUGUAUGGUGAUUCAUGAAGGAAACCCUUAUGGCUGUGAAGCAAAUGCCAUGAUGCGUUUCUUGAAAGGUUUUAUUAAAAUAUUUCCUGUCUAUUUUGGUGUACAUCUUGCUCCACCCUUGCUCUUUAGAACCUCUCGUUUAAUACAGGAUCCUGUAAACUCUUUGGCGCAUAUAUUAAUAGCCAGUGUUCGAUCAUCUGCAUUUUUGGGCACAUAUAUUGGCAUCAUUUGGUACUCUAUCUGUCUUGUUCGAACAAGAGUAGGGCAUCAAUUGUUAGGAAUUGAUCAGUCAAUUCUGGAUAACACAUGGCCUCCUUUGGUAGGAAGUAUGCUUUGUGGCCUAUCGCUAUUGAUUGAAAGCAGACACCGUCGUGGUGAAAUGACUCUCUAUGUCGUUCCUCGUGCCCUGUUCUCGAUCACAGAGCGUGUUCUGCACCCGUUAAAACAGACGGCAUGGUGGAAUAAGUUUGGUUCAAGCUAUACAGAAGCCAUUGUGUUUGCGGCCUCAAUGACUGUGGUCCUUCACGCGCUUCAUAAAGACAAGGAAAUGGUAAGACCUUCCAUACGUGGUCUCAUGUCUUGGGUAUUGAAAAAGGAAAUGGAUGAAAACAAAAGAUUGGCGGAAAGACAUGAAGAAGAUGACGAAAGACAUUUGGAAGUUAGAAUAAAGAAAUAA